AUGGUUGUGCCCGGCUGGAUAUGGGCGGUCUUUCUGACCAUAUUUGUCUUCUUUCAGAGAACAGUAACUGCUCUGCAGCUGGACAUUAACGAUGAACAAUCCAUCAAAGAUGCCGCCAGAACAACGGCCUUCAACAUGAUGAGCUAUUAUCAUGGCAACGAAUCGGGUCAAACACCAGGAAAGCUGCCCGAUACCUGGUGGGAAGGUGGUGCUAUGUUCAUGACAUUGAUUCAGUAUUGGUAUUGGACUGGCGACUCCUCUUACAACGAAGUCACCACUCAGGGUAUGCUCUGGCAGAAGGGCGACAAUGAUUACUUCCCAGCCAACGAUAGUAACUAUCUGGGUAAUGACGAUCAAGUCUUUUGGGGCCUAGCUGCCAUGACGGCUGCAGAACUGAACUACCCCGAACAAGAUGGUCAGCCGUCGUGGCUGUCGCUCGCCCAAGGUGUCUUCAACACUCAAGUCCCCCGAUGGGAUACUUCCAGCUGCCAGGGUGGACUGCGUUGGCAGAUUUGGCCCUACCAGGCUGGUUAUACCACCAAGAACGCCAUCUCGAACGGAGGUCUAUUUCAGUUAGCCGCUCGUCUGGGUCGUUACACCAAUAAUGAUACAUACACCGACUGGGCGGAAAAGAUCUGGGACUGGAGUGCAACAACACCUCUGCUGCAGACGGAAGACUGGUACAUUGCCGACACGACCACUACAGAGGCAAACUGUAAGGAUCACGGUGAUAUACAAUGGACGUACAAUUAUGGAACCUACCUCAGCGGCGCCGCAUACAUGUACAAUCUGACAAACGGCGCCGACAAAUGGAAGAAAGGUCUCGACGGUCUGCUGGCAAGCACCUUCUCAAGGUUCUUCCCGAAGGAAUACGGCAGUAAUGUUAUGUCCGAGGUUUCCUGCGAGCCUAACAUGAUGUGCGAUCGGAACCAGGACUGCUUCAAAGGCUUCUUGUCCUCCUGGCUUACCUUUACUACAACCAUUGCGCCCUAUACUAGCGAUCAGAUUAUUCCGAAGAUCCAACAAUCUGCCCUGGCAGCGGCGAAGCAAUGCUCGGGAGGCGACUCUGGUACCCAGUGCGGGCGGCGGUGGUACCAAGCGCAGUGGGAUGGCGAGACAUCGCUUGAGACUGAUAUGAGUGCUCUAAGUGUUUUCUCGUCAAAUAUGAUCACGCAUCGGCAAAGCCAAGGUGGCCAAUCCCAGGGACCAUUGACAUCGGACACUGGCGGUACCAGUCAAAGCAACCCUAAUGCAGGAACCGGUCCAACAGAUGCACCUAAUAAGCUGCCAGAUAUCACAACCGGAGAUCGUGCAGGGGCCUCUAUCCUGACCGUCCUCUUUGUCGGCGGCUGGGCUGGUGCUAUUACCUGGCUGGUCUAUGGAGGUUGA